ACUCGCACACGGCUGAAACGUUCGUACCAAAAGAAAAGUAGUACGUGGGAAAAAUGGCUUUUGAUGGCAAAGAGGCUAUCUUUUGGGUGCAUUAUGCUGUGCGGACCGCGACUGGCAAAAAUUAUGUUUGUGUACUUGAUCCUUGACGUGGUAUGUUCGAGGCUAAUGUGUCCUUGCAGAGACCCAGUUUACUGGAGAGGAGUCACUGCCCAGGAUGUUAUCAAUCAUAUUUGUGAAUACUAUCCUGAAGCAAUUGAGAUUUUUCAGCUUCUUGAUCCGGUCGUGAGAAGUCUUCUGACUCAUGAAAGCGUGUUGCCUCAGAUAAACUUAGGGGAAGUAGCUGACCGUAUUGAUAAGUACAUCGGGAAAUCCCAGGCUGUCAGCUGA